AUGAACAACCGGGUGCUAAAUAAAGCCAACAAUCCCUUGAAAAACUUUCUCAAUUCGUUUCACCGGAUUUUUAAUUCAAAGUACCCAGUGCCCUUAGCGAUUUGGGCGUAUACCAAUUGGUCCGGUCUAUUAUGCGUGCGCGGGGGGGGCACUGGAAAGGCUACUGAAUUUGUUCGUACGAAAAACAACCCUAAUACGAAUCGCAAAGAAACCGACUUCUGUGCAAUGGGAAGCGAAACAGUCGUACCCGCAUCGCUGAUGAGAUACAACUUCGAAUACCGUGCAUUUGGGGCCAUUCCUACACGCCGUGGAUUUGUUGAUAUAGGAAUCGCCACAGAAAACCCCCCUCACCUCCGCUUUUCACGUCUAUUAUGCAUGAUUAACGGCAUCACUUCUUCCGAGGAAAGAAAAUCAAUAAUCGCUUAUUCUACUGAAUCACACAUCCUCAUCUAUCCUGGUAACAUUCAGCUCAUAAUAGCAAAAAUCGACAUUCAUCCUUCUACACUGGCUCCAGAUCCACCCCACGGAAUGAAUGAUAUUUGCCCUUACAGAUCACCACAUCAAUCACUACAUGUAAACACACACACGGACGCGCUUCAUACAUACAUACAUACAUACCUGCACGAGCCACCCCCACCACACCUGCUAGCGAACUUAGCACCUACUACCGAAAAGUAA